AUGGGGAAAAACGGGGAAAACUAUUGGUGGCUCACAAGAAGAUCAAGAAAUCAAAUGUUUCCUACAAAACAUACAACAAAAUUUCCUGUUGACACCAAAAUAAGCAAACUGAACAUUUUUGUAGAUAAGCGGCAUGACACUAUCAUUCUGCCAAUUUUUGGUGUUGUUGAACCAUUUCACAUCUCUAUGAUCAAGAACCAAGUCAGCUACUGGCUGCUUACACUUCAUCAACUGCAACAUAAUCGAUAUGAAACGGGCUCUAUGAUCUUGCAUUUGACUUUGGUGACGAUGUUGAAAAUUCGUUACUUUGGCAACUUACUUUCGCUCAGAUAUUCUAAUGCUAGUGAUAAAGAGGCACCGCCUGAGGAACGCUUUCAUGAACUCGGUGACGUGAGCUGCUUGAAAGGAUGGAUCGUGGGGCGUGCAUAUUCGACAAAAAACGAAGUGGGGGAGGUGAGGGUGGGAGGGCGGGCCUCUCUUUUUUGGAAAGAGCACAGAUGCUGGACUAUUGCUUGA